AUGUUCAAGCUCGUAGUGUUGUCCGCUCUUCUCGCCGCCGCGGCCGCCAAGCCGGACGUGUUCUUCACCGGCCCGCUGGCGCCUACCACUUACGUGGCCACGGUCCCGGCCGCCACCACCUACUUGCAGUCCAGCAGUUACUACCCAGCACCCACCGUCUACUCGUCCCUGUCCAACCCACACUUCAUCAAGAAGCGCUCGGCUCCGUUCUACACCAGCUAUGUGGCGCCCUCUACCUACCUAGCAUCAAGCCCCCUGGCCACAACCUACUCGGCUGUUCUCCCUAGUGCAUCGUAUUAUUCCGCUUAUCCCGGCUAUGCUGCUGGUUUGCCUUUCAUCAAGAAG